CUCUUUUUUUGGAUAUCCAAAAAGUUGGUAGAGACACUGUCACAUAGAGGCAGAGCUGGGAGAUCACCUCGGUACCGCCACUGCAUGCUCGCGGCGCCUCCCUCCGCCUUUCCUCCGUCUCAGUGAGUGGUUGUUACUGCUCGUUCCCCGUGGUCCGUGCCUCCGUGGUUGUUGCUGCCUGCACGCUGCCGUGCGUCGUCCACCUCCCGGAAUCGAUUCUGCCUCUGCAACAACAGUCGUUUUGUUUCUUUAAAAGAAGAGAGAAAAAGCCCCAAUCCCCAGUACCCCUCCCCUGACCUCUGGACCUGGAGGCUGGAGCUCUGGAAGCCUCUCUUCCUCCCCUCAUUACACCAACAAUCUCGAGUCUCAACUUCUCGAGUCUCUUCCUCCCCUCAUCACACCAACACUCUCUUCCUCGCAGUCUCUCUCAGUCUCGAAGACUCUCUUCCUCUGCUUCGUCUCGCCGGCUUCACAGUGUGUCCGAGUACGUCGGGUUCGUGGCUCCGCGUCUCUCGUCAUCAUCGUUGCGUCUCCUGCGUCGCUGCUGCGGUGCUACCUCUCCGCCGCGUCUCUCCGUCGCCGGAAUCUGCCUCAUCCAGAGCAUCGAGCUCCUCCGUGGCUUAAUGGCGCCCACUAGCUAGGGCCACCGUAAUUCCUCUCCAGAAGAAACCUUCACUUCCGUUCUUCCCUUCAACUUCAACGAUCUUGGAUAGCACUGAAUAUCCUGUUAUCGUUUGGAAAGCAGUUGGUCUAACCAUGAUAUGGUCGAGGCUAGGUAGGAGAAUCCGUCUCUCACCAUAUUUUAGGACUUUGCAAAAUGCCUCUCCUGAAUCCAGGUGCCUAUCUAUUGUUUCUGAAGUAUCAAGUUACAAGUCCAUUAGUUGUAAUAUUGGGUUCCAACAUUUUUUCACUUCUACAAGACAAUUGUCAAAGCUUGACCAGGAAUUGAGUACAAAGUCAUUCCAUCAGUGUUUUCACUCAUUGGCCUCUGCUUCACAGAAUGUUAGAAGUUCAGGUGCUACAUCCGGUGUUAGACAUUUUUCGUCUCAUGCGUCCAAAGAAAAGAAAUCACAAAAGAUGCUAUUAUAUUUGACUGGCUUGGUUUUUGGAAUGGUCGGAGUCACCUAUGCUGCUGUUCCCUUGUACAGGAGAUUUUGUCAAGCAACUGGCUAUGGGGGUACUGUUCAAAGGCGUGAGACUGUUGAAGAAAAGAUUGCACGACAUGAUAAAGAGAAAACAGUUGCCACAAGGGAAAUUGUAGUGCAGUUCAAUGCUGAUAUUGCUGAUGGCAUGCCAUGGAAGUUUAUUCCUACUCAAAGAGAGGUAAGAGUCAAGCCAGGAGAAAGUGCCCUCGCAUUUUAUACGGCAGAAAACAAAAGUUCCACUCCAAUAACUGGUGUUUCUACAUAUAACGUCACUCCUAUGAAGGCUGCAGUGUACUUCAAUAAAAUACAAUGCUUCUGUUUUGAGGAGCAGCGGCUUCUUCCUGGGGAGCAGAUUGACAUGCCUGUAUUCUUUUACAUUGACCCAGAAAUUGAGACCGAUCCUAGAAUGGAUGGUGUCAAUAACAUAAUAUUAUCAUACACUUUCUUCAAGGUUUCUGAAGAGUGAGAUCUCUUGAAUGUUUACAUGAGAUUUAAAUAAUAAGCUUGCUACUUGCUACUUCUCAAGGCAAACUAUGCUUAGCACAUCCAUGAAGCUCAAGAUAUGAUUACAUAUUUCUGGUGACUUGUGAAGGACUGAACUUCGUUUGUAAGUCAAAUUCAAAAUAAAGAUGAAAUUACCUUUUCUCCCGUAAGUUUGCGAAGUUCUUGAUCGUUUCCAGAAGGCUGUUAGAAAACUUUUCCGAUCAAGUUUUGAACAUUCGAGUUACCAGGCAUGAGGUUGUGAAUUACGCUGAAUUUAUUGUCUAAAUUGUAUUUGUAUCAUUCAGUGUCACUUUGCAUUAUUAGUCGCUUGUAGAACAGUUAAGAUAGUUCAAUAUCUUGCUGAAUCAGUGUUACUUUAGUGUCUUGACAUUAUUACAAUGUGAAAUGAUAAAGUGAAGCAGUAGAAAACCUUUUGAUCAAUAACUUUAUUAUAA